CAAUGUCCCGAGUCUGCGUAGUUGGCGCUGGAGCGGCGGGUCUGUGUGCGGCCCGACACCUCCUCACAGAGAGCUGCGUGUCGCAAGUGGACGUGUUGGAACAGGCGUCACAAGUUGGCGGGACCUGGGUGUACACCGAACAUACGGGAUAUGACGACUUCGGGCUUCCCAUACAUACCAGCAUGUAUAAGAGUCUCAGAACCAAUCUACCCAAGGAGAUCAUGGGUUUCCCUGACUUCCCCAUCCCGGAAAGCGAAAAGUCGUACCUGCCCUCCAGGGACAUGCUGGCCUUCCUGCAGCUGUACUCGGAUAAACAUGGAGUCACUGAGCAUAUCAAGUUCAAACAGCACGUCCAGCUGAUUAAGCCUCGAGCUACCCCCUCUGGCGAGGUCUGGGAGGUGAGCUACAAGAACUUGGUGACCGGCGUGUCAGAGACCAAGGAGUACGACUACGUGUUCGUCUGCAACGGCCAUUAUAACACGCCGUUUAUACCCAGUAUACCGGGGCUUAAGGAGUUUGAAGGAGACGUAAUGCACAGCCAUGACUACCGCGUGCCCGACAUCUUCGCCAGCAAGCGCGUGCUGGUAGUCGGCGCCGGGCCCUCCGGCAUGGACAUCGCAUUAGAAGUCACCUCCGUAGCCAGCCACGUCAUAUUGAGCCACCACCUUAAGGAGCAGCCGAGGACUGUGUUCCCGGAGAAUCUGGCGCAGAAGCCUGAUAUUGAGAGGCUCGAAGGGAGGAAGGUGGUGUUUAUGGACGGAAGCGUUGAGGAGGUGGAUGUCGUCUUCCUUUGCACUGGCUACCUGUACAACUUCCCGUUCCUGCACCAGUCGUGCGGCGUGGUCGUGGACGACAACUGCGUGGAGCCCCUCUACAAGCAUCUCGUGAACAUUCGCCAUCCCUCCAUGUGCUUCGUGGGUGUACCUUAUUAUGUGUGCGCCUUCUCAAUGUUCGAUUUACAGGUCCGGUACUACGUGAGGUCAAUGAACGGCACCUUCAAACUGCCAUCACAAGAGGCGAUGACCCGGGAUUGGGAAGAAGAGAAGCUAGACCGAGCGGCGCGAGGGUACACCAAGCGGCAGACGCAUAUGAUGGGGCCAGACCAGGAAAAGUACUACGCCUCCUUAGCCAACGAAGCCCAAACCAAAAACCUGCCCUCAGUCAUCACCAAAAUCCGGGAAGAGAGCUCAAACCGCUUCCUCCACAACCUACAGAACUACCGACAGGACAUCUAUAAGAUCAUCGACGAUGAGACUUAUGAGGUCAUCAGCAAUGGACGGAGUGAGAUUCUUUGUUGACCCUAAACGGGGACAAAGGGUUUUUAGUUAAGGUUUAACUUUAAGGAUAGGCUUUCUUGCAAAGACUUGUAUUAAUUUAAAUGACUUUCCUAAAUCAUAAUUGAAAAUUUGGGUAAUUUUACAUUACGUCGUUGCACUUGCAAAGUCCGCUGUGUGAUCUGCCAAAUUUUGAGAAAAUAAAAUCUUGUAUAGUUUAUACUUGUCAUGGUAUCGUCUCGGUUUGCGAAAAUGCGACGAAAUUACCUAAUGUUUCAGGACGUGAAAUUCAAGAUAUCUUAGAAAAUAUAGCCGUGCUGUUUAGAAAUACAGUAGCUACUUGAUCACAUAAUAUUCAUAUCAAAUGAUGUUUGUGCUAGAAAGAUAAGAAUACAAAUAAGAAUUUAAUUUGCUCAUAAGUAGAUAAUAAGGUGUUUUAGUAAAUGGAAUUGGGAUUCUAGAGAAAUUAUUAAUUAUUAUAGCAUAAUUUUGUUUUGCCAAGUACAUUAAUGAUGAUAAUUAAUUUAUUGUAAACUUUUAAUUUCGCCUGUAAUAGUAAGUCUCGCCGCUGGUAUUAAAUAAAACAAUCGAGUCAGCCAAAAA